AUGUACAUAUCUGGACUUGCAGACAAGCUUCUGCGCCUUCUUUUUCCGAUUGCCCUCUGUUUGACGGCAUAUCUAUAUCUCUAUCCAGCAUUUCAUGGCUGCGUAUUUCCUGCCAAAGAUGCCUCCACCGUGACCGCUUUCAUUGAGACUGUCGCCCAACACUGGGGUUCUUUUCGCGGCUCACAUGCAUCUCAUGGCCCUUCACGCAUUCCUUUCCGAUUACUUGUCCUCGCUGAUCCUCAACUCGAAGGAGACAGUUCUCUUCCCAAACCCGAAGAUGGAUUCAUACCGAAGUUAGGACGGCACUGGACACGGCUACGUGCUACAGAGUCACAAGAGAUAUUCCUCAAUAUUCUACUGACCGCACGAGAGAUUUGGCUGCACGACUUUCCAGAGGCUCUGCAGGCGCUGAGGAAACGCCUGGAUUUGUUUGGCAAUGACCACUACUUGGGCCAUGUUUAUCGGGUCUUGCAUUGGUGGACAAUGCCGACUCAUGUCACUGUCCUGGGGGAUUUGAUCGGAAGCCAAUGGGUGACGGACGAGGAAUUCGACUGGAGAGGGUGGAGAUUCUGGAAUAGGGUGUUUGGUAAAGGCCAAAAGGUGGAAAACGAAAUUUGGACCAUGGAAAAUAAAGAGGAGGAGAAGAUCUUUGACAUGAACGACACUAGCUGGACCAAUAAUAUAAUCAACAUCGCGGGCAAUCAUGAUGUUGGCUAUGCUGGAGACAUCUCCAGACACAGAAUGGAGCGCUUCGAACGGGUGUUUGGGAGAGCCAAUUGGGAUGUCAGAUUCCAAUAUCCUCGGACCAACGGUACCCUGACGGGUCAGGAGACAAGUGUCCCUCCAUCAUUGCAUUUGAUCGUCCUGAACAGCCUUAUUCUGGAUACACCGGCUUUGUCUGAGGAUUUACAAGCGGAGACCUAUGAUUAUCUCAAUGGACUCAUUUCUCAUCGUUUACGGCCGGUAGAAGACCAUUCAUCUUUCACCCUACUUCUCACACAUCUCCCGCUCCAUAAAAAGAAAGGGAUCUGUACGGAUGCCCCAUUCUUUGAUUAUUGGGGGAACGAUGACGGAGGUGGUGUCUACAAACCCCGUGGGUUGAAAGAGCAAAAUCAUCUGAGCGAAUAUGUCAGCCACCAAGGAACCCUGGAGGCAUUGUUUGGCAUGAGCGGCAAUCUAGAUGCACCAGCUCAUGGCCAAGGCAGACAUGGCCUGAUCUUGACCGGCCAUGACCAUGAGGGCUGCGAUGUCUGGCACUUUAUUCCGUCCGAUUCGGUCUGGUCAGGGUCCAGCCAAGACAUUGAAGAAGACAGGAAAACGAAAUGGGAUACCGUUCGGUGGAAGGAAGCAAAUGGGAGCGACUCCCAUACUGGGCUUCGAGAACUCACUCUUCGGAGCAUGAUGGGAGAUUAUGGCGGUAAUGCUGGGCUGCUAAGCGCGUGGUUUGAAUUUGAAACCGGAGAGUGGAAGUAUAACGUCCACAUGUGUGGAUUGAACCUCAAAGUCUGGUGGGCCGUCCAUGUUGUUGACUUGGUUGCCAUUGGGUUCCUCCUCUUCAGCCUUGUCAGAUCCAGCCUGAUCGCUAUCACGAGCCAGCCUGCAGAAAGCAAACAUGGGUCUUCGACAAAGAAGACCAAUACCCCGGGCAGACAGACCAAGUCAUUGGUUGAUUGA